AUGGCGAUCUACCGCAAAGCGGAGAUCUUCCGCCGCCAAACGGGCAACUUGGAUCUGAUCGUUGACAUGUACAACCGCGUACACACAACGCUCUUACCCGUCGAGCGACCGCUGGUGAAGGCGCAUCUGGACAAGAUUGACCAGAUUCUGGCACGUGGCAUUCGGUCGCUCAACUGGAAAUCCCAUGGCAUUGAUAUGUUUCUGAAAGACUCGAUGACCGACGUGCACGAAGCGACUGCCCUUCUCGAUGCAAUGAAGAGCCACAUGACGCGUGUGCAAGAGCUGCUCGAGAGCUGGUGCUACGGGACGCUCUUUGAGCGCCGGAGCAAGCCCAUGAGUGUGACCGAGUUCGACGAGAGCCAAGCACCGACACGAUUGGCCAAGUACCAGCAGAUCAAAGAGGGCGGGAACGAGAUCCACCGGCUCUUGAAAGAUACGCUCAAGAAGCUCAAGGUGAGCCAGGGGUCGCCCGAUUGGCGCGCGUACGUCGACUUUAUCAACGGCAUUGUCGAAGACGGGUUGACCAAAGUCGUGUUGAACUCGCUUCAGUACCUCGGGUCGCAGCUCGACCCGACCACGAUCGAGACGCACGAUCUGACGCCGCUGCUCGAGAUCGAGCUCGACUUGUACGGCAAGGACAUUGUGUUUGCGCCGCCAAUCGGCAGUGCGCCGUCCAAAGUCGGCAUCAAGGACGUCGCUGGUCGCUGGAUCGAAGGCAUACUGCACAUUACAACGCUCUUCAAGCGGCUCGACACGUCCGACGGCACCUAUCUCAAGGAGCUCCGUGAACAUCCCCAAGUGCAAAAAUGCAUCGCCGACAUUGUCACGAGCUGCAAUACCCAAGAAGCCAUUUGCCUCCAAUACAAGAAGGACCUGAUGAAGUACGAGUACCUCUGGAGCACGGACCUCAACGCGAUGUUCAGUACCUUCUUGGCAUCGGCGUGGGUGCCCUCGGACGCGCCGCCGCCCGAUCGAGCCAGUGUCGACAUGUCGGGCCCUAACCUCGACUUGGCACAGUUUGAUGAGAAAAUUCGGCUCUACCUCGGCCUUCAGAACGAGAUCAGCGAGGCCAAGCACUCGCGGGACAUUUGCUUUGUGCGUGUCAACUCGCUCCCGAUCAAGCAAGCGCUUAGCACGUGGGUCACGAAAUGGGUCUACAUGUUUACGCAGUUUCUGCACGACCGCGUCAUCAACCAGCUCACGUGGAUGGACGACUUUGUCCUGCGCGUCACGAGCGGUCUCGAGCGCGACGUGAGCGACACCAACGCGCUCAUGGCCGUCAUGGGCCACAUCCAGGACGUCCGACGCCUCAUGCAGCUCAAACAAGUUCAGUUUGGGCCACUGCGCGACACCGUCGCCCUCCUCAAGACGCACGGCAUCAACCUCGAUGCGUCCUAUGUCGGAAAGGAGACGGCGAUUUCGUGUCUGGAGCAGGCGCCAAUGCGAUGGGACAACAUGGUCAACAAGACCUUCAAGAAGAAAGAACUGAUUGCGCCGAUCCAAAACCACGCCGUCGAGGCCAUCAAGCUCGAACUCGGCGUCUUUAACAAACGCGUGUCCGCGUUCCGGGACGAAUUUGUGCAGAAAGCGCCGUUCAGCUACGACGCCCUUGUACUCGACUCCUGUGCGUUCGAUGUGGUCGUUGCGAAAGCCAAUGAUGCGCUAUCGACCGUCGAUGCCAAGCUGCUCGACAUGGAGACCGAGGCGCGGCGGCUCCGGAAUCUCGAGGACAUGUUUGAGCUGGCGUCCAUGGCAUUCGAGGGGCUUGAGACGUGCCGUAGCGACUUGGCUCUCCUCACGCGCGUGUGGCAGCUUCUCGAUGAGAACGCCAUGACCUUCUACACGUGGCAAGCGCUGCUGUGGGAAGAUGCAUCAAUUGACGCACUCCUCGAUGUCGUGCGCACCAAGACGAGCCUUCUGCUCAAGUGCCCGUUGCGCGUCCGCGACUGGCCCAUCUACAAGACCGCCGAGACGAAUUUGCGCCAAAUGGGCGCAUCGCUGCCGCUCAUUGAGAUCCUCCACUCGUCGGCGAUGCGCGAGCGCCACUGGAAGAGCUUAUUGCAAGUCACGAAACCGCGCAACCACGCCAACUGGGCGAUUCCAACCAGCAGCAUCGACAGCAGUUUGCAUCUCGAAGACCUCUUCAAGCUCGACUUGUACCGAUUCGAGACCGAAGUGCAAGACAUUGUUGAAAUGGCCAACCGCGAGCUCAAGAUCGAGUCGGACCUCGCCCACAUUGCGAAUGUGUGGGCCAAUUGGAGCCUCGCGGUGGUGCCGUACGCGAAUGGAACCCAAGUGCUCCAGGCGUCCCAGACCGACGCCAUCAUCGAGACGCUGGAAGAGCAACAACUGCUUCUGCAGACGAUGGCGGGCCUCGGCAAAUUCGUCGAGUACUUUCGCGACAAGGUCCUCGAUUGGCAACAGACCCUUGGCAAUGUCGAGAGCGUGCUCAAGCUCUGGUUCACGGUGCAGCAGACGUGGCUCUCGCUCGAACGCAUCUUUCUGAGCUCUCAAGACAUUCGUCUCCAGUUGCCGCAAGAGACCAAGCGCUUUGAAGCGGUGGAUGCGACGCUAAAGGAGCUCUACACCGAUGUCCAAGCCCACUUGGGUAUUCUGCAGGCGUGUGCGGGCGACAACGACCGCGAAAACGUCCUGCGUGACAUUCAUGCCGAGCUCGAAGUGUGCCAGAAAGCGCUCAACCAGUACCUCGAUGCGAAGAAGGAUGUGUUCCCGCGCUUCUAUUUUGUCUCGAACGCGGCGCUCCUUGACAUCCUCUCGCACGGAAACGACCCGCUCAAGAUCCAGCCGCACCUUGGCGACUGCUUUGACGGCAUUCGCGUGCUCAAUUUCGAGCCAAAUGCGUCGCCGCUCUCGGCCAUCGCGGUCACGUCCAAGGAAGGCGAAGUCGUUGGGUUUCCAUCGCCCUUUACGAUCGCCAAUGGGACACCCGUCGAGAUCUGGCUCAACGACCUCCUUCUCAUGAUGCAGCUCAUGCUCAAGACCAUUGUGCACAACGCGCUCGAGGCGUCGUCGGCAUGGGGAUUGGACGUCGCGCGGUAUGCGUGGGUCAUGGACUACCCCGCGCAAAUGAGUCUGCUCGGGUCGCAGAUUGUGUGGACCGAAGAGACCGAGUCGGCGUUCGAAGAGCUCGAGGGCGGCCAAGAAGACGCUUUGAAAAAGUACCUCGACACGUGCCACGCCCGCCUCGACGACCUCAUCACGCUCGUGCAAGGCGACAUGGCCCGCCUUGAUCGCAUGAAGGUCAUCACGGUCAUCACGGUCGACGUCCACGCGCGGGACGUCAUUGCAUCGCUUGUCGCGAAGAAGGUGUCGUCGGCCCUCGACUUUACGUGGCAGUCCCAGCUGCGCUACUACUAUCUCGAGCCGCAAACGACGCCACACGUUGCGAUCCGCCUCUGCGAUUUCCGAGCCACGUAUUCGUACGAGUACAUUGGCAACUGCGGCCGCCUCGUCAUUACGCCGUUGACCGACCGCUGCUACGUCACCAUGACCACCGCGCUGCGAUUGCACUUGGGCGGCGCGCCUGCGGGCCCCGCGGGUACCGGCAAGACCGAGACCACGAAAGACCUCGCGCGCGGCAUGGGAUUGAUGUGCUACGUCUUCAACUGCUCGGACCAAAUGAACUACCAAACGAUGGCCGACAUCUUUCGCGGCUUGUCGCAAACCGGCGCGUGGGGCUGUUUUGACGAAUUCAACCGCAUCAACGUCGAAGUGCUCUCCGUGGUCGCGACCCAAGUCAAGACCGUGCUCGAUGCGAUCACGUGGCUCGCCCUGCCAGCGAACCGCGACGCCGACUUUCAAGGCGCGCCGGCGGGCACACCGCCCGUAAAAGUCGGCAGCUUUCUCUUUGCUGGAAAGAAGAUCAUGCUUGUGCCCACGGUCGGCUUCUUCAUCACGAUGAACCCGGGCUACGCGGGGCGCACCGAAUUGCCCGAGAAUUUAAAGGCCCUUUUCCGGUCCUGUGCGAUGAUUCGACCGGACGUCCAGCCGAUUUGCGAAAACAUGCUCAUGUCCGAGGGGUUUCUGCACGCGCGCACGCUCGCCAAGAAAUUUGUGACCUUGUACCAGCUCAGCUCGGAGCUCCUCUCGAAACAAGUGCACUACGACUGGGGCCUCCGCGCCGUCAAAUCCGUGCUCCUCGUUGCCGGGAGUCUCAAGCGGGCCGACCCGACGUGCGACGAGGACACGAUUCUGCUGCGUGCGCUGCGGGAUUUCAACCUCCCAAAGCUCCCGACGCGCGAUGUGCCCACGUUCAUGGGUCUUCUCCACGACCUCUUUCCCGCCUGCGUCGCCGGCGAUGCCCCGUCGGGCGACCCAAACAUUCGGGCGAGCUGCGCGUCGGUCUGCGUCGCCCACGGUCUUCAGCCCGAAGAGCUCUUUGUCAAGAAGGUGGCUGACUUUGAUCAGCUCCUCAAGGUUCGCCACUCGGUCAUGCUGCUCGGGCCGGCGGGCUCGGGCAAGACGACCAUCUGGCGCACGCUCGCGCUCGCCGUCAACGCCGGCCAGCCCAAACCGCUCGUGGUCUACGAAGCCAUCAAUCCCAAGAGCGUCUCGUCCGACGAGCUGUACGGGUACAUGACGCUCAGCCGCGACUGGAAGGACGGUGUCCUCUCGAUCGUCAUGCGCAACAUGAGCAAGGAGGUGGCGCCGUACACAGCCCACCAGCGCGGCAAGUGGGUCGUCCUCGACGGCGACAUUGAUGCGGUCUGGAUUGAGAGCAUGAACACGGUCAUGGACGACAACAAGGUGCUCACGCUCGUCUCGAACGAGCGCAUUCCGCUCACCGAGUCGAUGCGCAUGGUCUUUGAGGUCCACUCGCUCGUCAAUGCAACACCGGCGACCGUCUCGCGCGCUGGUAUCCUCUUCCUCAACGACACCGACGUCGGAUGGAUGCCGUUCGUCGACUCGUGGGCGAGCAAGCGCAAGGACGCCGCGCUCUGGUCGGCGCUCUUCCGAAAGCACGCCGACGGGUUUUUCCAAGUGCUCGCCGAGCACAAGAAGGAGCUGUGCAGUAUGGUGCCCACGAGUGCGAUCGCGAUGAUGACGACGCUCUGCAAGCUCCUCGACGGCUUCACAGCGCGCACGCCCGACGCCGCCCCCGACGUGCUCGAAAAUGUCUUUUGUUUUGUGCGCCAGGCCAUCAAACCGUUCUUCAAGCCGUCGCACGCACUCAGCGACGAUGCAAAUGCCGUCUCUGUCUUUGAUUUGCGGCUCUCGCUCGAGACGAACGAGUUUGUGCCGUGGGCCGACGUUGUUCCCUCGAGCAGCUUCGUGUUUGGCGACACGCCAGUCUACAACGUCGUCGUGCCGACAGUCGAGAGCACGCGUUUAGGCUUCCUCUUGGAGCUGCUUUUGCCCGGCCAGACACCGGUGAUGUUCGUGGGCGGCCCGGGCACUGGCAAAACCACGAUGAUGGCCGAGUGCCUACGGCACAAGGAAGACCAACUGGUCGCCAACAUUGGGCUGCACUACUACACGGACGCCGCGCGGCUGCAAGCCGAGCUGGAGACACAUGUCGAGAAGCGAUCGGGGCGCAUUUUCGGGCCGCCGCGGCAGUCGCACCUCGUGUACUUCUUGGACGACCUCAACUUGCCGUUUGUGGAAAUGUACGGCACGCAAACCCACGCCGAGCUGCUUCGGCAGUACAUGGACUAUGGCGGCUGGUACGACCGGCACGAGGUCGGCUCCAAGAAAACGAUGCAAGACGUCCAGUUUGUCGCGUGCAUGAACCACAAGGCCGGGUCUUUUGGCAUCAACCCCCGCCUCCAGCGGCACUUUGCCACCUUUGGCGUGCUCUUCCCGACACGGUCCGAGUGCGCGUCGCUCUUUGGCGCGCUCUGGCACCACCACAUGAGCCACUUUAGUGACGCAGUCAAGAAAAUGGCGCCCGGCCUUCUCGCCGCCACCAUGGAUCUGCAUGCGGACUUGCGCGAGCACUUUGUACCAACGGCCAUCAAGCCUCACUACAGCUUUAGCUUACGGGACCUCGGGCUGCUGUUCCAGGGUCUUCUCGCGACCAAGCCAGAGUUGUUUGCAACCACGUUGAAAAUGGGCCGGUUUUGGCUGCACGAGUGCGCCCGCGUGUUCAGCGAUCGGCUUGUCUCGACGGCCGAAGUCGUCCGGUUCCACGAGCUCCUCUUGGAGCAUGCGAAGAAGCACCUCGAAGACGACGCGGCCGAGCUCAGCGCGCAGCCCAACCUCUUUACGCGACUGCCACACGAAGUCGACGGCGUUGUCUCGUACCCACCGAUGCCAGUCCACGAUCGCAACGAGCUCCAACGGACGCUGCAAGCGUGCUUGCACGCGUACAACGAGACCGCCGCGGUCAUGAACCUCGUGCUCUUUGAAGCGGCGAUGGACCACGUCGUGCGCAUCCUCCGUGUGCUCAGCAUGCCCCGGGGCCAUCUCAUGCUCAUUGGCGUCGGCGGCUCGGGGAAGCAGUCGCUGACGAAGCUAGCGACGUUCAUUUGCCAGUACCCGCUCCUGCAGCUCUGUGUCAAGACCACAUAUGGCACGAACGAGCUCAUUGAAGACAUCAAGGACGUCGUGCGCCGGGCCGGUGUCAAGCCCGGUCUGCCGCUUGUGCUGCUUUUGACCGACUCGCAGAUUGUCGACGAGACGUUUUUGAUCUACCUCAAUAUGCUCAUUGCAGGCUCGUCGGCUCUCGCAGACCUCUUUGGUACCGAAGAAAUGGACACAAUUCUGGGCUCGCUGCGCGCCGAAGCCAAGGCCAACAGCAUUCCCGACGCCCGCGACCACAUGGUGUCGUUCUUCUUGGACCGGGUCCGCGCCAACUGCCACGUCGUCCUGGCGUGUUCGCCUGUGCACCCAAACUUCCGCAUCCGGCUUCGGCGCUUUCCCGCGCUCAUUCAAUGCGCGGCCAUCGACUGGUUCCACCCGUGGCCCAAAGACGCACUCGUGAGCGUGAGCACGUCGUUUCUGAGCGACUUGGCGUGGCCAUCGCUCGCGAUUGCCGAUAACGUCAGCCAUCACAUGGCCGAAGUGCACACGUCGGUCAUCGCCGCCUCGGUCCAGUUCAAAGCCGCGCUUGGUCGCUACAACUAUGUGACGCCGACGUCGUUCUUGGAACUCAUUUUUUUCUACAAAAAACUGUUGAGUGCCAAACGCAAGUCGGUCGCACAGCUCAUCCAGCGCCUCGACGUGGGCCUCCGGACGCUCAAGAAGACGGCCGACGACGUCGAGCAGCUCCAGCGCGAUCUCAAAGCCACGAUGAAGCGCGUCGACGAGCGCAAGAAAGCGACCGACACACUCCUCGAACAAAUGGGCCGGCAGCGCAACGACGCCCAAAUCAAGCAGCGCCGAGCCGACGAAGAGAAGGAGAAGGCGACGCAGGCCGCCGAGAUGGCGACCAAAAUCGAGCGCCAAGCCAUGACGGAGCUCGAGAUUGCGCAGCCCGCGUUGAGAGCCGCGCAGGACGCCGUCAACUGCCUCAACAAGGCGAGCUUGACCGAGCUCAAGUCGAUGCAAAAGCCACCUGCGGGCGUCGACAAAGUCACCACCGCCGUGCUCAUGAUGCUCAAGCUCGAGACCAAGAACUUUUCGUGGGACAACGCCAAGAAAAUGAUGGCCAAAGUCGAUGCGUUCAAGGUCGCGCUGGAGCAGUACGACAAGGAUGCGAUUCCGCCCGAGGUCGCCGCGCGCGUCGAGCCGAUUUUGGACGACCCCAACUUCAAUUUUGAAAAAAUGAAGGCCAAGUCGGUCGCCGCCGCCAACCUCUGCACGUGGGUCAUCAACAUCAUGGCUUACCACAAGGUCUACGUCAAAGUCAAGCCGCUCAUGGAUGCGCUCGAGGAGAGUCGAAAGGUCAAGCUCGAUGCGGACGCGGCCCUCGAGACGGUCCAGGCCAUGGUGCGCGAAGUUGAAGCCCAGCUCGCGGCGCUUCAAGCCUCGUUUCGCGAGGCGACCAACGAGAAGGCCAAGGUGGAAGCCGAAGCGCGCGCGUGCCAAGACCGGCUGGGGCUCGCCGAGCGGCUCGUGAGCGGCCUCGCGUCGGAGAACGAGCGCUGGAAACGCGAAGUGGACGUGCUCAAGGUCGGCGAAGCGUGUCUCGUUGGCGAUGUGCUCCUCGCAGCAGCGUUUGUGAGCUACAUUGGAGCUUUCGACGCGUCCUUCCGCGUCCAGCUCUGGAAACAAGUGUGGCUGCCCGACUUGGCGGCGCGCGAGAUCCCCAUCAGUCUUCGACCGAGCAGUGAUGAGAAGGCGCCAACGUUGGACCCAAUCUCGACGCUUUGCGACGACUCGGCGAUUGCGCACUGCGAGCGCUGGCCGCUGCUGAUUGACCCGCAGCUGCAGGGCCUCACGUGGCUCCGCUCCAAAGAGAUGCAGCGAACGCUCGCCGAAGCGAGCAACGCCAACUCCAACACGUCGCUGGACGCAAAUCGAGCGUCCGAGUCCCCAACCAAGAAGGCGGACGCCAAAGCCAAACUCGCAAAACGCCGGAGCAACAACUUGGAACUGGGCAAGCGGAGCAACCCCAACGCAAAGACUUCGAGCAGCACCGCACACAGCAACGCGCCAGCCACCGAUCGACCGCCACUGAGCUUCGUCGUCUUGAAUCCGUCGCAAAAGAACUGGCGCAAGCUGCUCGAACAAGGCAUCACGGACGGCGCGACCGUUCUUCUCGAGAAUUUAGGCGAGACGCUGGAUGUGAUGCUGGAGCCGAUCCUCAUGCGGCAGAUCCACCGCAAGGGCAAGUCGUGGUUUGUCAAGCUCGGCGGCGACGACAUCGAGUACGAUACAAAGUUUCGGCUGUUUCUGCACACCAAGCUGUCCAACCCGCACUACCGACCAGAGAUCGUCGCUCACUGCACGCUCAUCAACUUUAUCGUGACGGAGCGCGGGCUCGAAGACCAGCUCCUCGCCCAAGUCGUCAACCGCGAGCAGCCCGUGCUCGAAACGGAGAAGCAGGCGCUGGCGCAGCAGUUCAACAAGUACAAGAUCCAGCUCCUGGAGCUCGAGAACCAGCUCUUGGAGCGACUCGCGAACGCACCUGACGACAUUCUCUCGGACGUGCCGCUCAUCGAGUCGCUCGAGGCGACAAAGAUGACGGCCACGGAUGUCAACUCGGCGAUUGUGCGCGGGAAGGAGACCGAGCGCGUCAUCAACGACGCGCGCGAGGUGUACCGGCCGAUCGCAGAGGAAGGGGCGAUGAUCUUCUUCAUCAUGGUGCUCCUCUGCCAGAUCAACCCGAUGUACCAGUACUCGCUCGACGCCUUCCUCGUCUUUUACUACAAGGCCAUGGACGCCGUGCCGCACACUGCGAGUGUCACGGACGCCCACGAACGCGUCGCGCUAUUGCGCAAGUCGGUGCUCCUCACGCUCUUCACCAUGGUCAGCCGGGGUCUCUUUGAAGAGCACAAGUUUCUCUUCUUGACGCAGCUCACGUUUGCGCUCCUCAAGCGUGGCGCGAUCGGCGACUGGAGCGGCUACAGCGACGACCAUUUACGCUUUUUUCUUCGCGCGCCCAAGAUCGUCGGCGAUGAGAACGCGAUCGAGUGGCUCACCGACUCUCAGUGGCAAAUGCUACAAGCGCUGAUCCAGGUCGAGGGGUUCGAGCGCUUCGCAGCCGACCUCGUCGAGAGCGAAGCGCGGUUCCGGGAGUGGUACAACUCGGCGACGCCCGAGACCGAGAAACUCCCACUCGACUGGCGCGAGCUCGACAAGACGCCCUUCCUCAAGCUCCUCGUGCUCCGCUGUCUCCGCGGCGACCGGCUCGUGGUUGCGCUGCAUCAGUUUAUUGGCGCGGUGCUACCCAAUGCGUCCCAGUACCUCAACUGCGACGCGCAGUUCAACGCGUACCAAGUGCUCCAAGACGCGUUCCAGCAGUCGAGCCCGUCGACACCGCUGUACUUUAUCCUCUCGCCCGGCACGGACGUCGUCGUCAACGUCGACAAGCUCGCCGCCGGCGCCGCCAAGCGCAAAGGGAUCGAGUACCACAACAUUAGCUUGGGCCAAGGCCAAGAGACGAUUGCGAUGGCUGCGCUCGCCGAGGGGGCUGCCAGCGGCCACUGGAUCCUUCUCAACAACGUGCACUUGAUGCCGCAGUGGCUCCUCGAGCUCGACAAGUGGCUGGCCAACCUUGAGCCCGAGUCUGGUCGCGUGCACAAGGAAUUCCGCGUCUUCAUUUCGUCGGAUCCGUCGCCGCGCAUUCCGAUUGGCGUCUUGGACAAGGCGAUCAAGCUCACGAACGAGCCACCGACGGGGCUGAAAGCGAAUGUCAAGCGCGCGCUCUGUGCGUUCUCAAAAGCGUACGUCGACGAUCUCGAGCCGCGCACCCGCGGUAUCCUCUUUGGCAUGUGUUACUUUCAUUCGAUCAUGCUCGAGCGCAAGCGGUUUGGUGCCCAGGGGUUCAACAUGAAGUACCCGUUUGCGGCCGGCGAUUUAAUUGCAAGUGCAACGGUGCUCGGCAAUUACAUGGAAAACGCACCGACGCGCGUCCCGUGGCCCGACUUGCGCUACCUCUUCGGCGAGAUCAUGUACGGAGGUCACAUCGUCAACGACGUUGACCGGCUCGUCUGCAACACGUACCUGGCUUACUUUUUACGCGACGAGCUCCUCGACGAACUCGGCAUGUUCCCGUACCUCGACGACGGCGACGAUGUCAAGCUCUUUACCGCGCCCAAGCUCAACGCGACACUGGAUCGCAUGCUCGAGCACGUCGAGCUGACGCUACUGGGGGACUCGCCACUCGCGUUUGGGCUGCACCCGAAUACAGACAUCAAAUUCUCCACGGAAGCGAGCGAGAGUCUCCUGCAGGGCACGCUGCUCCUCGGCGCCCUGCCGUCGGCGCCGGCGACCGACGUGGUUGCGUCGUCCUCGACCGAUACGAUGCAGAGCAUUGCCGAAGGCAUCUUGCAAGACGUGCUAGAAACCUACCGCGAGCUGCGCCUCGACGUCUCGGAUGUGCUCACCGGCGGCGACCUCUCGCCGUACCAGACGGUCUUUGUGCAAGAGUGUGAACGCAUGAACGUGCUUCUGGAACACAUGACCAAGACCUUGGCCGAGCUCGAUUUGGGCUUUCGGGGCGACCUGACCAUGACGGAAGCGAUGGAAGCGCUGCAAGAGCACUUGUACCUCGAUCGCGUCCCGACGUCGUGGCAAGCAGUGGCCUACCCGAGUCUCCGGUCGCUCUCGCCGUGGCUGGCCGACCUCGAGCGACGCUUGUCGCAGCUGCAAGAGUGGGCGGGCGUAGGUGCUGAGAUUCCGAUUGCGAUCUGGCUGCCCGGCUUUUUCAACCCCCAGUCCUUCUUGACCGCCGUGCUCCAAACGACCGCCAAGAAAACGUCGGUGGAGCUCGACAAGCUCAGCAUCGUGACAGACAUCACCAAGCGCACGCUCGACGCCCUCGACGCGCCGAGCCGCGACGGGCAGUUUGUCUAUGGGCUCUCUCUCGAAGGCGCGCGCUGGGACAUGGGCUCGGGCGUUAUUGACGUGAGCCAUCCCAAGGAGAUGAGCUGCCAAAUGCCCAUCAUCAACAUCCGCGCCGUCUUGGCGACAGGACUCGCCGCGGCCAACAUUUUCGAGUGCCCCGUCUACCGCACGCAGCAGCGCGGCCCGACGUAUAUUUGCACGGCGCAGCUGCGAAGCAAGGCCCCGCCCGCCAAGUGGGUCCUCGCGGGUGCCGUCCUCGUGCUCGAAGUCGUGUAA